UUGUAGAUAUAUUUAGUCCUAGUUCUCUCUCUCCCUCUCUCUCCCUCUCUCUCUCUCGCUCGCUCUCUUGCUCUCGCUCUCGAACAUGGCGGUCAGUCCGACGCUUCCUGCUCAUAACCAGAACGUCUUCCAGACCAAACUUUCGAGCUACAGGAGCAAGUUAUCCCCGUUGAACCCGGUCACGGGGCCGAGGAGCGCGCUGUUGGCGAACAGCGAUGAGGUAACGAGGACGAGGAGGAUAUGGGCGAUGAAGACGGAGUCGACGAGGCUGCACCUCGCCAACCUCGAUAAGCUCCUGCAGAAGCCGAGCGUGCUCGACCCGCAACCGCCUCAUCAGUGGGAUCGCGAGGAAAUCGCGAAGCCCAGCGACGUCGCGUUGUCGGAGGAGGAGAAGAGAGCUGGAAGCGGCCUACUGGAGGGCCUGAGCUUGGCCAGGAUCUGGCCAGGGGCGAAGGCGGCGGAGGAGAUGUCGCCGCGGCACCUCCACCGCCUCCAGCGGCUCCUCUCCAUGACGCCAGAGUAUUCCCCCCGGAACAGCCUCGCAAGCCGGUGGCAGGAAUACCACGGCUGCAAUGACUGGGCCGGGCUGCUCGACCCGCUGGACGAGAACCUCCGGAGGGAGGUGGUGCGGUAUGGGGAGUUUGUGCAGGCAGCCUAUGAGGCCUUCAACACGGACCCCGCCACGUCGGCCGAGGUGGCCCCCCCACCGCGUCACGUGGUGCUCCCGGACCGGUCCUAUAAGGUGACGAAGAGCCUGUACGCCACGUCAUCCAUCGGGCUGCCCAAGUGGGUGGACGAUGUGGCGCCGGACCUGGACUGGAUGACGCAGCGGUCGAGCUGGAUUGGGUACGUCGCGGUGUGCGAGGACCGGAGGGAGAUCCAGCGGAUGGGGAGGAGGGACAUCGUGAUUGCCCUACGCGGGACCGCCACGUGCCUCGAGUGGGCCGAGAACAUGAGGGCCCAUCUUGUCGACAUGCCUCAGGUUGGCGGCCCGGCGCCGGAAGCGGCGCAAGGGCAAUCCAAGGUGGAAUGCGGGUUUCAAAGCCUGUACCGGACAGGCGGGGCUCAUGUUCCGAGCCUGGCCGAGUCCGUGGCGGACGAGGUGAAGAGGCUCCUGAAACUAUACGAGGGCGAGACCCUGAGCAUCACCGUCACGGGGCACAGCCUCGGCGCAGCCCUGGCCCUCCUGGUGGCCGACGAGCUGAGCACGUGCUCCGCAGAAUCUCCGUCCUCCUCGCCGCCGCCACACGUGGCCGUGUUCUCCUUCGGUGGGCCUAGGGUAGGCAACAAAGCAUUUGCAAAUAGGAUCAAUGCCAAAAACGUGAAGGUCCUGAGAAUAGUUAACAACCAGGACAUAAUCACGAGAGUCCCGGGCACAUUCCUGAGCGAAGACCUAGAGCAAAAAUUGAGGGACACCAAACUGGAGGGCGUGCUCGACGACAACAUGCCGUGGGACUACUCGCAUGUCGGCACGGAGCUGAGGGUGGACACGAGGAUGUCGCCAUUCCUUAAGCCGGACGCAGACGUGGCGUGUUGCCACGACCUCGAGGCUUACUUGCACUUGGUGGACGGGUUCUCGUCGUCGAAUUGCCCGUUCCGAGACAAUGCCAAGAGGAGCCUAGUGAGAUUGCUCAACGAGCAGGCGUCCAAUGUGAAGAGAUUGUACACGAGCAAGGCCAAGGCCUUGAGAUUGAAUAUUGAGAGCAGGAGGAAUCAUCAGGGCAUGCCCAUGUCUAAUUGCUUGCCAAGCCCAUCUUAACCCACAGAAAUAUAUAGAGAAAAAAGAAAAAAAAAUCUUCAUUUAGGUAUAUAUCUUUGUACACACACAAAAUCUGGAAAUGGGUAAAUUAAAAAGAAGCCUGUUAGAUGUCAAUCUUUAGCUGUUCUGUUCUCAUUUCUUCCCCAAAAUCUAUGGAUGAUCCCUAGAGCAACAACAUAAAUACCCAAAUCAACACCCAGCUCGUGUCCUCAACGAGAGUCCACGUUUCACGUCCUAACGAACUCGUAAUAGCUAGAAGUGAACCGUGGAAGAUAGGGCCGACGUUGUCACGCCUCUUCCGACUUGCAACCAUACUAGUAAUUUCUCCAUUUUUUUCUCAAUUAUGAAAAUGGAUUUCUCUAAUCUCGAGUGCAAUUCAAAGGGUUGGAAUAAACAUAGACCUCAUUGCGAAGAAUUUUGAAUGAGAUUAGGUGCGUCAAAAUAUUAUUCUAAGUGCACCAACUGUUGGAAAAACACUGCUCUUCACUCGAUAUUUUCAACUGCGGGGAGGGGCACUAAGUCAAUAGGUAAUGCACUAAGCUCACUAACUGCCCUUCUCUUCAUUUGGUGGUUUUCAAUGUCCCCCACCGACAGCAAAAAUGGUCGUGACUUGUGACCAGUGAGGUGAAGAGCAAAACAUCAAAAUCUUCUUUUGACCUUGUAUGUUGCACAGUUGCAGACAUGUACAUGGAAAUUUGGGAAAGUGGGUGAUGACCACAUUAACCAUUGACCCACGCCAUAAUGUCUUUCUUAGGACAGCAAGAUAUCAAAAAAAGAGAAAAAGAAACAAAUUAAAUUUGGAUGAACCAGCUACUAUACGGUUCUUGAUGAAGUGGUUCAAAGGGUAGAUGUACCGCAUAGUGAAUUGCACGGUUCCUGCUGCUGUGGAGUCUAAACUCGGAGAAGUCGUCGAGAGUUCUGUCAACCACACGUCGAGGAAAAGUGAAGUGAUUAUGGGAUUCCUGCUUUUUUGGGGGGGCCAGUACCUUGUUGUCGGGGCUUUUUACUGGGCUCCGGCUGCGUGUCGUGCGGCAAAUUUGCUCUGUGGUUGUCUCUUCAGCGACGGGAUCUCCUCCGUCCCCGCUAUGUUGCUUGCGUUGGGGGGGGACGAGCAUGACGUCCCUAGAUAAUGAGUAGGGGACGAAAACGUGGUGUUGUUUAGAUGCUGUAAAAUGUGAAAUUCGAUAAAAGCAUGCUCCUUUGCUUUGUCGACAACGACGAGAGGAAAGAUGUGCGCGCCACGCCGGCCAGGCUACUAUCGACUUUUUCUUUUUCAGCUUCUCCUUUCUUUCUCCCUCUGAUUCUCACUCAGCCAUGAUCUCUCUCUCUCUCUCUCUCUCUGACUUGCCCUCCAACUCACUAACUCCAUCGAGCUCUCUCAUUCUCUCGCUCUCUAGCUCACGCCGUUGUCUCCGUUGGCACUUCGCUGUCUUCUCCAUGGUCCGGGUUGCUCUCCCGUGCUCAAGUUCCGGCUUCACCAGGUAGUCGCUGAAGAACCGGUACAAGUGAUGUGGCGAUUAGUGUUUAGUUGGAUGUAAACAUGUGAUUUGUAUUUGCGUAGUUAAGCAUGAGCUCAAGCUCCAGCUUCAAUUGGUAAUAGCCGUAAGAAGGUCUGCUUUCUUGCAAUUGUUUGAAUAUUUGAAAGCCUAGUCUAAUUAUGUUGCUAUGCUUGUGUGGACUGCUAGAUUGAGUGUAAUAUGUGCCGUUGUGUUGUGCACUUGUUAGCUGGGAUAUUGCGAGAAUUAAAUGUAAUUGUUGAGAUGGAUUGAUGUUAGAAUAGAAAGUUCAUAAUUUGGGAAACACAGUUUGCAGCUUUUGAUGCUGGAAGUGUUUCCGUUAGCUUGAGUUAGCAUCUUUUUCGUAUUUCUAUAAUGACCUGGUCCGACGAGGGCAGAGAGUGGUUUCCAAGGCCAGAAGGCCUGGACAAGAAGUGGAUCUUGGCAGGAUUUAGGACGGCGAAGAGGACAGGAAUUGUGAGGCAUGGGAUGGGCCAAAGCGGAUAAUAACUCAGAUACUGAGAAGUUCCGAUUUUCUCUCUUCUUUCCAAUCGAGAAAGGAAGUCUCUUUUCAUGCAGUUUUUGAUUGCUUCAUUGGAGUAAAUGGGGAUAAUGAAUGUCAUACUUCUGUCAAAUUGGAGCUUGAAAAUAAACCAUAUAGCUGUCUGAGUCUCAAAUUUCCAAGGUGCGGACAUCUGUUGGUUUAUGUUUCUUUCUACCAAGUGAUCGUUCAGAGGGACUGAAGCAAAUCAGUGGAGUGACUCUACAACUAUCUGUUAGCAUAAGCUAAGUCCUGAAGAUUGUUGAAGGGGAGAGGUACUGCAGCCGUAGUGGCCGUGGUCGGGGUCAAAAGAAGCCCGCAGCCUCGAAAGAGUGUGACCGACGGGUCAUUAACAAGAACAAAAUCUUCUGUAUGGGAAACCUCGUUUAGGGAUCAAUGACGCUGGCUACUUAGCAUGUAUAUCUUAGAUACUCCACUGCGGGCUUUAUUUGCCGGCGGUUUUGUUUUGAUUCAUAUGCAAACCCCUUUUCUCCACUCUGUUUAAGGUUUUACUGGGACGUUGUCCCGCUGUGUCCAAGAAAGAGAAAUCGCAUCGGCUUGAUUGUAUUAGAUCGAAAAUGCAUUUUAAUCUUUCCAUCUUCUUAAGUUUCGAGAUAAUGAUACGACGUUUUCUGAUUAUUCUG